UCUUUAGGGUCAUUAAAACCUCGGAAAACCACUGUCACGUGACCGAUAGCAAUAAGCCGCGAAAUGAUAUAACGAAACCCACGUGAAUGAUAACUACCAAAAUACCAAUCUAUUUGUAGGAAAACUUAAGUCUAUCUGGAAUUAUGGGUGUAUAUUUGUCGUCACCCAUAACUGAUAAAGUGUCAGUCGAUGAGAAAUGCUCAAACUAUGUUUAUGGAGCGUCUUCAAUGCAGGGUUGGCGAAUGACACAAGAGGAUGCUCACAACUGUAUCAGCGAUUUUGAUCCUGAAACCAAAACAUCAAUGUUUGCUGUGUAUGAUGGGCAUGGAGGUUCCGAGGUGGCCCAGUAUGCGGCAGCCCACUUCCCAGAGUUCCUGCGGACACUGGAGUUGUAUCGUGAGGGUCAGCUUGAUGAAGCUCUGCAAAAGGCAUUUCUGGGGUUUGACCUGACACUGAAAGAUGAGAAGGUCAUACAGGCAUUGAAAGUGCUUGCUGGAGUCGAUGAGAACGAUGAAGAUGUGGUUGAAGAUGAAGAGGGCAUGGGUCGGUCUGAGCGUGACUUGGUGGUUGCCGAGGCCAACAUGCCCCUAGAGGAGCUCAUGGCCCGAUACUCCGGGGCCGCAGCCUUGCCUCAGAAGGCUCGUCUCAUGGCCAAGGAUAAACACCCCUCACCCAUGCUCAGGCCAAAGCAGUCAACUUCCAACGCAGGUAGCUCGAAUGGCUCUGAAGCAGACUCCAACAAUAGUGCUGCAGACCCUUUGGCCACAAAUCUGGCCAACAGGCUGGAUAGUGAACAACCAGAUAACGACAAUAACCUGAACGUAGAGAAGGAACUGAGAGAGGCCAAAGUGAAAUCAGACAGUGAACCUGAUAGCACAAACACAGAGCAAAAUAAGAACAAUUCUAAUAAAGAUUGUAGUGACUCAAAGCAUAGCAAAAUAUCGAAUGGUGAAACAAACGAGUGUAUGGAGGCGGAGGACAGUAAAAUUGUUAGAAGUGCUAAAAGCAACACAGACAAUCAUGAUAAAGCAGGCUCCAGUACAGAGCCGGACAGUUCAUCUGAUGUUUUGACUGUACAAAAACCUUUGUCCUCUGAAGCAGAUCAGGGAUGUUCAAGCUCGAGCUCAGUUGAGCCUGGGAACUCUGGGUCUGGGGCGUGUUCUGCGCCAGGCCCGUCCGGGUCAGGUAGCUCCUCCAGUCCAGCUGAGACCUCUGGGCUUGGGGAAGGACAGACAGGGGAGGUGGAGGGACCGUCGGGGUCCAGUGAGGGGCCAUCACGAUCAGGGGUGAAGGUGAUUACAAGAAUGGAAAUAAUGAAAUGUUUUCAAAGUUCUAUACAGUAA